AUGAAUAUUAUCAAUGAAACGACGAUACCUGAUCCGUGCAAUAAGGUUUGCAUUCCAGGCGAUAAAUUGUUUUCUGUUUCUGAUAAUUACCGUGCAGGUAAUGGAUGCUUUGAAUUUUAUGGAAUUUUAGUUGCUUCCUUAACUGGUUAUGUUAAUGUUUCUAUUGUGAAGGAUCAGCAUUCAAACGAAACCAAACUUGUAGAAAUUAGAAGGAAAAUGGAUGAGAAGAGUCAUGUUAUUCCUUCACAGGGGAAAAUUGUUACUGCUAAGGUCGAGUUGCUCACUCAAAAAUUUGCAAAGUGCACAAUUAUAAGUGUUGAAAAUACAAUGUUGUUAAGUGAAUUCAAUUCUACUUUGAGGAAAGAGGAUGUGAGGGAGAAAGAACGUGAUAAAGUUGAACUCUACAAAUCUGUGCAGCCUGGCGAUAUAAUCCUUGCAAGGGUUCUGGGUUAUGGGGAAGCCCAAACAUCGUAUUUAUUAAGCAUUGCAGAGGAUCAACUUGGAGUUAUUAUUGGAAAAGGACAAAAUGGACAAAGGCUCUCCCCUGAUCCAAAUGACCCUUUAAUGAUGAAAGCAUUAAAUUCUGAUUAUCGUGAGAUGAGAAAAAUGUUUCCUUCAGGUAGUGCUUCUCAAAGCAAGCCCGGUUAUUUAAAUCAAUCUACUGCUAGCACCUCGGUGAACUCAAUUUUCUUACAAUCAGGAAGUUCUAUGACAAACAAAUUCAGCUCAUCACAACCUCUCUUCAAUUCAACGUUACGUCAAAAUAAUAUUCCUAUUAUUCCACGUCAACCAAACUUUGCAACAACUGGUUUCCUCAAUUCAGUCAAAAAUAACGUCACAAAACUUGUUAACAAAAACCUGGGAUUUUUACCUUUUUCACCUCCACAAUUAACCACAACAGCGCCAACAUUUUCGUCGAGUGCGCCUCCAACAAUCGAAAUUUCUUCAGAAAUUUCUAAACAAAAUCAACCUAAUGGUGGCUCAGAACCCGAAGGAAGAAAUUGGCGAAUGUUAAAACUAUUUAGUGGACUUUUAAAAGACGAAGAUUUACCUAAAGAUUGUGAAUGUCCACAGAAUAAUGAAGACAAACUUUUUCCUUUUCCCGAGUGCCAUACAGAAGAUUUAUUCCUUCGUACUUCUCCUUUAAGUCCUUCUGAUGAUGAAGUUGAAGAACAACCUGCGGUGAAAAGAGUGAAGUCGACUAUUGCUUUGAAUUCGAAAAAUCACCCGUCGACCGACCCUUGUUCCUCUACAAAUUUAAACAAAUUUUUGAAGCCUUCAACAGUAGCAACAUUAUCUUCAUUAAAUAUACCUGUGACUUCGAAUAAUUCAAUUCCUGGCACCUCAAAAAUGUCAACUAGUACUGCUAUACAUCCUCUUGAACUCAACACAAAUUUAGUCAAUUCAAAAACUACAGAGACAACUUCGAAAACUACAAGUCCAAAUCAACAACGCGGACAUCUUCAACAGCAACAACCAUCAUGGAAACAACCGCAGCAACAAACAAUUAAUGGCAAAAAACGUUUUACAAACAAAAGUCUUUUAAUCUUAAAAAGCGGAAAACGUGUAUAUGCUGGAAGCAAAGAAUGUUACCAAUUUGCGGAUACAGGUGCCUGUCAAGCUGGAAUAUUUUGUGUGUUUGAACAUGGCAAAAGUUUGAAACAUAUGCAGCAGAAAGUCUGCCAAAGAUUAAUGCGAGGAGUUUGCCGAGGUGGUUCAGGUGGUGAUGAUUGCCCAGGUGGGCUUCAUUCCCCACUUCUACCACACCAAAUGCCAGUCUGUGAUUUUUAUUUACGCCUUGUUUGCAGUAAAGGUAAGGAUGAAUGUAAUUAUCUUCAUGUUCGACAUACGCCUGGUACUGAACCUUGUGCAGAAUUCAAUCGGGGAUGUUGUCAUCGAGGAAUUUUGGUUUGUUUCUCUCUCGUGUUUCUUCGUUUGUUUCUCUCUUUCUUGAAUCGACGCAAAGUUUUUUUAAAUUUUUCUAUAAUUGUAAUUUAGUGUGAUCGACCCCAUCGUUAUUAUUACAGUUUAGUCAAACAAAAAUCCAGCAUUCUACCACAACAAAAUGAUAAAACAAAUUUAAAUGAAAAAGAAGUUGAAGAUUCUCCCAAUUCAAAUCCGUCUUCUCCCUCUCCAAUAAAAUCUUUGAAAUGGAUUUCUUGAUAUAGACAUAUAUUU